AUGCCUAAUCAACCUUCAACUAGCUCAGCUAGCACCCCAAACCCAGACAUCGCAGCACUCGUACAAGCCCUGCUGAAUCCUACCUCACCUCAAGCUCCUCAACUCUAUCGCCUCCUAAACCUUACACUCUCUCGAACCUGGGCUAGUGGCCCAAGCCCCGACAUAUCACCACUUCUACAAGCUUUAUUAAACCCCACCCCUGCCCAACUCUUUCGCCUCUUCAGCCUCACCCUGUCUCAGAAUUUACUCCUACAAAUCGCUCUACUGAGACUCAUCUCAUAUCUGGCCCAACCUCCUGUGCAAAGAAGCAUCCGCGAGUGGGUAUUCAACAACAUUCCCGCAGGGGCACAGCUGCAAGAUCGUGAACUUGGACCAACAGUCUUGCUACUUGGAAAGACGAUCACUAAUGUUAAGAAAGCUGUGGAAUAUGGUAUGAAGACUUUGAAGGAGGAACAUCGAGAAGGCACAAAAGAGUUGACCUCUCCGGAUCGAACUGCUGAGCAAGGGUUGGAGACGGCAGGGAAGAUACUUGUUGGACUGGAAGAGCUGAUGGAGAGUUUGAAAAAACGAUAUGAGACUGCGAGCGGACAUCAAGCACCUAGAGAGCGGAAGUGA